AUGGAUCGCUUGUAUUCAGCCUCGUGCUGGUUCGUUGUGAUCGUGUUUCUUUACCGGUGGGUGAGGAUUACCUUCCACCCCGAACUUCGCCACGUGCCGGGCCCAUUCCUCAACCGCUUCAGCAGACUGCCCCUGAAAUACGCGAUAUGUACGGGCCACCGCGCCGACUACAUCCACGCACUGCACCAAAGAUACGGUCACUUUGUCCGCAUCGCGCCGAACGAGGUGGCCGUCUCGGAAAUCCAGGCGGUCAAGGCAAUCCACAGGUCUGGCACGGGGUUCCUCAAGGCUGACUGGUACGUGGAGACGCACCCGACGAUGAAAAGCGAGGACGACCUGUGCCUCUUCCAGGUCCAGAAUCCUCGCACCGCGGCUGAGAGGAGGAAGCUUUACCAUCGCUCAGGGAGUAGGUUGGCUCUGAAGGCGUGGGAGCCGCAGGUCAGGCAGUAUACCGAGGCGGCGGUGGCGAGGAUAAAGGGAGAUAUUCAAACAACUGGCUAUGCCGACAUAUACAAGUGGUUUACUUUCAUGGCCACUGACCUCAUUGGCGUGGUUGCCUUCGGAGAACCUUUUGGUCUACUUCGAACCGGCGCGGCAACAACGCUGAACCACGACCUCGAGAAAAUCAUGAUGCUUACGGGACUCGGUGUCGAAUUCAACCUGUGGCUCUUCGUCAAGUACUUCCCUGUGCCAGGGAUCGGCAACCUGAAGAAGAUACUCGCGCGGAUGCAGGAGGAAGGCUAUCGAGCAGUGGCGGCGACCAAGGACUCUCUGUCCAAGGGAAGUAGCUCGUCUCAUCAGACGCUGUUCUCGAAGAUGGUCUCGGAGGACGGCUCUGAAGCGCCCUUCUCGGAUGCCGUGGUUGCCAACGAGGCGAUCGGCGAUAUCGUGGCCGGCAGCGACACCUCCGCCGCUGGGAUCGCCUACAUGAUCUAUGCGGUUCUAGGACACCCCGAUGUGAAGAAGAGGUUACAGGAUGAGCUUGCCACCUGCUCGCCGAGUCCUGGUUGGGACGAGCUGGAGGGCAAGCAAUACCUCAACUGGGUGAUCGAUGAAGGCCUGAGGCUGUACCCGCCUGCUCCCUCAAGCCUGCCGCGCAAGGUGCCCGACAAGGGCGCCGUGCUAGGAGGGUAUAAGCUGCCAGGCCGAUGUGUGGUGUCUACCCAAGCCCUCACAAUCCAGCGAGACCCUGUUGCAUUUCCGAAUCCGGAGGAGUUCGUCCCCGAGCGCUGGGAGAAUGCCACCCCGGAGAUGAGGGACCACUUUGUUCCCUUCGGUGGCAGCAUGAGAUCAUGUGUCGGACAGCACCUGGCUCGGCUUGAGCUGUUGUUUGCAAUUCAGACGUUCUUUCACGAAUGCCCUGAUGUUGUCAUGGCGAAAAGCGCGGACGAGAAAUGCAUGGAACGACUCGACUUCUUCACCGCUAAGCCGCGGGGCGGUAAGGUGGAAGUUACCAACGCCUAA